AUGAAGACCGGCACCCCGCUGCUUCAGCCGAGUUCCCCGGGGCAGAUUUUGGAUACCCUGGAUGUGCUCCCUCGCGAUAUGGGUGGAGAUUCUGGCCGCUCCCCAUGUCUGUUGAGUCAAGAUGAGCUGCACAAAAAGCUACACGAAGCGUUGAUGAAUGUGGGUGUACUGGGCACACUCAAAACACAAAUUCAAACCCACCCAAUUCAUGAGUCAAUGCACCCUGUAUUGAAUGGAGAAUUGCACCCUCCGUCCAUUUCACUACAAGGGAACUCCCUCUUACUAGGAACCCCUAACUCUUUAGUGGCUGAUCACCAACAAAGAUAUGGCUAUGAGUCUUCACUUUCUGUUUUCUUUCCAGAAAUCGGUUUAGCAAAAGAAAAGGUAUUUAAUAUGCAGGUGAUUGCACUCUAUAAAAUUCACCCUACUUCCAGUUUCUAGAAAUCACUGGUCUCAGGGUCUGAUAAAGAAAACCAAAAAUAUACGAGCCUACAUAUUUGUAAACUAUAG